UAUAUAUAUAUAUAUAUAUAUAUUGUAUAAUUACCAUGACUUCUAUAGUUUGAAUUAUAUUCUAUUGUUGCUAAGUCAAUGAUAUUUUAAGGCGAAAGUAUAUAUUAAUAAUUAAACAGAGGAGAUCAAAUCCUUGAAAAAAUUCUCAUAUGUAUAUACCGGUUUUAUUUAUUAUAAUUUUAUUCAUUUCAUUCUAUUACAAUACGAUAAUCUAAUGACUCAACCAAAGACUUCAGAUAAUAACAAUGAUAAUUCAAUAAAUCAAAAUCUUACUAAUGAUUUUAAUAUUAAUGAUAAUUUAUUUUUAUCUACAACAUCUGAAGAACAAGAAAAAUGUGAUUUUCCAUCACCACAUUUUUUGGAACAAGAUACUAGAUCUCAAAUAAUAUCCACUCAAGAAUUAUCUAUUACAUCUCCAUUAUCAUCAUCAUCUCCUCCUCCUAUACUUGAAUGUCAAUUAACUAAAGAAUGUGUAAAAGAACAAAAAUUAGAAAUAGAUAAUAAAAAUUCAUUAUCACCUAUUACAUUUGGAUUAUCAUUUAGUAAUUCAUCAACACCAAUUAAUAGUCAAUUACAUGGUAUUUCUACAAAUGUUUGUUCAACAACUGUUACAAGUGUUACAACUGUUACUUCUGUACGACGUCCACGUCAUAAACCUGCAGAAAGACGUGAAUUAUUAGAAUUAGCUGUAAAUGAUGUAUUAGGUUCUCAAAUAUCAAUGAGACGUGCUGCACAAAAGUAUAAUUUAGCUAAAUCAUCACUAUGUGAUUAUGUUCGUAAAAAUGGAAUUAUAUUACCUAAUUUACGUUUUAAAUCUUAUCAAACUAUACCAAGAUCAACAGCUACUGAUUUAACUGUAUCAAGUAAAAAAGUUACUUUAUCAGGAAAUACAAAUCGUCAAACUUCAACAUCAUGUAAACGUAGUGGUUCACCAAUAUCUGGUGAUACUUGUCUAACAUCUAUGAGUCCUUUACCAUCAAAAUUAUCAUGUGGCAUAACUCGUAAAGUCAAUAUUACUCGAACAAAGAAUAUAGAUAAUAAUAAUAAUACUAAUACUAAUACUAAACAACAUUCUAAAGUAUCUACAAGACCAGUUAUUCAAAUGGACAAUUUAUCUAUUGGAGUUGAUAAUGACAGAACUGUUUCAUUAGCUAAUAAUUGUGACUUAAAUUGUAUACGUUCACUUAUAUCAUCUGAUAAAACUAAUAUUGAUUCUUGUCCAAAUGAUUAUUGUUUAUCAAAUCAAUAUUAUACAAAUAAUCAAAAUAAUUUAUUUAAUGUAUCUAAUCUAUCUAAAUGUUUUACAAAUAUUAUCUCAUGUAAAUCAGGUCGUGUUGAAAGUCCAUGGUAUAAUGCUGCUGGUCUACCAACUCAAGUACCUAUGCGUUCAUGGACAAAUACUAAUACAUUAACUAAUAAUUCAUUACAAAAUAUAAAUCAACAUGAACAACAAACAAUAAAUAUAAAAAAUACAUCAUCUUUUAUUACAUCUAAUAAUAGUCUAUUAAAUAAUCAUUUACAUUCUAAUAAUGUAGAAGAUUCAUUAAAUAAUAAUAAUAAUAAUAAUAAUUUAUAUCUUACUAAAUCAAAAUUAAAUCAUUCAAAUGAUUCAAUAACAGAUUGUUUACAAGUUGCUAAUUAUUUAUUAUCUAAUAAUACGACUAAAUCACUUAAUGAUGAAAUAAAUAAUCGACAAAAUGAUUGUUGUUGUCCAAUUAAUACAAAUUUCCCAAUUGAUUCUCCUAUUUCUCAAUUAUCAUCAGAAUAUGAUCGUCGAAUAUUUUUAAAUGAAGAAUCUGCUAAAUCUUGGAUUUUUAACAAUUCAAAUAGAAAUAUUAACGGAUUAUCAGAUUCGGAACAAUCAAAAUCAAUUUUAGAUAGUACACAAUCUCAUCGUAGUACAAACGAAUCAUCAUCAUCAUCUACAGAUUCAUCAACAAAUUCAAGAAUUUUAACUACACCAUUUAGUUUAUCUUCAUCUAAUUGUCAGAUUUAUUCAGAUGAAACUAUAAAACUUCCAUUUAAAACAACACAUUCUAAUUCAGAUAAUACUGAACAUAUUAGUAUACAAUCUGAAACUGGAUAUAAUAAUAACAACAUUAUUACUGAUCGUUUUUUAUCCAAUUCUACAACAGCAUCUGCAUUAUAUUCAUUUCUUGGUCUUAAUUCUAUUAAUCAUAUAAAUUCACAUUUUUGUCAACCAUCAGCUUCAAUUUUUCAAUCUAAUUUAUUACCUAUUAAUCAAGCAGCUAUAGCUGCAUUAUUAUUACAAUAUUCUAGAGCUGUAGUAACUACUUCAACUACUUCAACUAUUUCUAUAAAUUCUACUAUAUCUAAUUAUACAAAUUGUCCUAUUGUUACUUCACCUCUUCAUUCGUUACAAUUACAUAAUUCAAUUGAUAGUGUACAAAAUUCAUUAGAUCAUUCAAAUCAAAUUAAUAAAUCAUUCAUUCAAACAACAACAACAACAACAACAACAUCAUCAUCAUCAUCAUCAUCAUCAACAACAACAACAACAACACAAUCAAUUCCUUCAAUUCAUUUACCUUUCUCUACAAAAAAUCAUUGUACAAAUUCGGAAUUUAUCAAUUCAUUAAAUAUUUGUGAUCAACAAAUUAAUUUAUUAAAACAAUUUCCAAAAUUUUUAAUUGAUUCUAAUACUGGAACAGUAUCAUCACCAAAUGAAUUAGUGAUUCCAUCAUAUUUAACAAAUCAAUCUGCUGCUCAUUCAUUGAGGCAAUUAGCAAAUACUUUAUUCUGGAGUUCACUUGGUUCCAAAGCUAUAGAUUUACUAUCAACAUUUGGACCGAGCAUAUUGCAACCAUCAUCAUUAUUAUCUUCACAAGAACAACGGAUUAAUUCAGUAAAUUUUUCAAAUUCUUCAUCUAUUCAUAAUACCACACCAACUAUAACCCCAACAUCUAUAGCUGUAACAAAAAGUGGUAUAAACGAUUUUCCUGUAAAUCUAUUAAAUACUAUUACUUCUACUACUACUACUACUACUAGUAAUAAUAAUAAUAAUAAUAAUAAUAAUAAUAAUAAUAAUAAUAUUGACAAUCAAGUUCAUUGUUGUAGAAUUACUGAAUCUAUUAAAAUUCAUCAACCGAAUACAACAUCAAUAUCAACAAUAAAUAAUCCAUCUACUUUAUUAUUAAAUAGUGAUUUAUUAAGAAAUCAAUUAUUUUUACUUCAUUCCAAUAAUUCUAACAUGUCACAUCAUGUACAAGGUCUUAUUAAUUUUAUAAAUAAAUCACCAACACCAUUUCAUGUUAUCCAAUCAGUGAGGACAUUUUUGGAUAAUCAUGGUUUUCGUGAAUUAUUUGAAGAAGAAUCUUGGAGUUUACGUCCUUUGGAUAAGGUUUAUAUAACGAAAAAUGAAUCAACUGUAAUCGCAGCCGCUGUUGGUGGUCGAUUUGAAUCAGGCAAUGGUUUCACUUUGCUUGGAGCACAUACAGACAGUCCAUGUUUACGUUUAAAACCGAAUUCGGAACGAUUAAAAGAAGGAUAUAUUCAAUUAGGUGUUGAAACAUAUGGUGGUGGUCUUUGGUAUACAUGGUUUGAUAGAGAUUUAAAAUUGGCUGGACGUGUUAUUAUUCGUAAUGCUGAAGGACGUCUAGAACAACGCUUAGUUCAUAUUAAUAAUCCAGUUGCUUGUGUUCCUAGUUUAGCAAUACAUUUAAAUCAAGAAAUUAAAACUCAAGGUUUUCAUCCAAAUUCCGAACAACAUUUAUCUCCAAUACUAUGUACUAGUUUAAUGGAACAGCUUCAAAAUCCAACUGCUCAAACUACCAGUACUACUGAUUGUGGAAAUGAUUCAACAAAUACAUGUUUUAACAUAUGUCCUAUUUCAUUAUCUAAUAGAAAUCGUCAUCCACCAGCUUUAUUACGUUUAUUAAGUGAAGAAACAGGUGUUAGUGAACAACAAAUCGUAGAGUUGGAGCUUUGUUUUGCUGAUGCACAACCUGCUUGUGUUGGUGGUUUGUACAAAGAAUUUAUUCAUGCGCCUCGUUUAGAUAAUUUAUUUAAUUCUUAUGCUGGUCUUCAUGGUUUCAUUGAAUCUCUUCCAACUUUAUCGUCUGAGUGUAAUAUACGUUUAUUAUGUUUAUUUGAUCAUGAAGAAGUUGGAUCUACAUCAGCUCAAGGUGCAGAUUCAAGUUAUACUUUAUCUGUUAUUCGUCGACUUAAUAAAGCAUUUGAAAUGUGCAAUUUAUCUGAAACACAUACGCCAACUAACAAUACAAAUACAUCACAGUGUACAAAAUGUAAUUUAGAUAUACAUUUUGAAAAAUCAUUAGCUAAAUCUUUUCUUGUAUCAGCUGAUCAAGCUCAUGCAGUUCAUCCAUCAUGGAGUGAACGACAUGAAUGUUAUCAUAAACCUCAAUUUCACAGUGGUGUCGUAUUAAAAUACAAUGUUUCACAGCGUUAUGCUACAAAUAGCCUUACUGCAGCGGUUGUUCGUGAAAUUGCACAUUUGUCUAAUGUCCCAGUUCAGGAAUUUGUUUCCAAACAAGAUAUACAUUGUGGUUCUACAAUAGGACCAUUAUUAUCAUCACAAUUAGGUAUACCUACAGUGGAUUUAGGAUUUCCUCAAUUAGCUAUGCAUUCAUGUAGAGAAUUAUGUUGUUCAACUAGUAUUGAACAAGCAGUACGAUUUUUUUCAUCCUAUUAUCAACAUUUAUCAAAAAUUUGGUGUAAUCAAUCAUUACGUAAUAAUAAACAAUUAAAUCAAUCCUCUUAUCAUAUUUAUUGA